AUGAGUCAACAAGGAUUACCUACCAGAUCAAAGAGAAUUCGUAACGAUAAAGAAGAAAAAGCCGUUGAUCAAAGUGACGAAAAUGAUGCUCAAGAGGAGAAAGAUGUUACACUACUGGAUCGAGAGGAGAAAGAAGGUCUAUUUGAAACGGUUGGAGGUUUAGCCAUUGAAAAAUUGGAAGAGAAGGAUUGCAACAUUCAAUCACAUUUUUCAAUGUCAAACGACACAGGAUCAGUUGUGGUCAUCGAUCAGGGAUCUUCCUUUUCGAAAGGAAUGAUAUUUACCAAAGAUUCUAAUGGAAAAUUCAAAGAAGAAUCGAUCAGAUUUAAUGUUACUCCAAGAGCGAUAGCUUCAGAGUUUGCACGAACCAUUCUAUAUUACACACCAUCAACUGAUGAAUAUUUCCUAUAUAAGAACCCAAACUCUGAUUCCAUUCCUAUCCAUUCCCUCAAGAAACUUUUCACUGUAUUGGAAGCCAAUACCUACAUUGUAAAGGAUGAAAAUGGCACUAGUUUUCCAUUGAAUGUAUCCCUUUUAAUGUUUAAAUUCAUUGAGAAGCUUCUCAGUGCAAUUACAUGGAGGAAGAAACAAACGAAAUUCACCAGAAAAGUUGAUACCUUCAUUUUUACAGUUCCUACUGGUACACCACAACAUGUGAAAGCUCUCUACAAAUUGAACAUUUUCAAAGCUAUUCAGAAAUGUUUUGAACAUGGUUCAGCAUUAAGGUUGAACAAUAUUUACGUCAUUGAAGAGUAUUUGCUAUUGUACUAUGCUAAUAUCAAUGAGCAGUCAACAGAUCAGAUCCUUAUGAUUAUUGAUUUUGGUCACUUGACUGCAGAUGUCACGGUAAUUGACAAACUCCAAACUAUUAUUUAUGCCAAUGGUGAAGUUGGAGGUGUUUCAAUGUUUCAUAAAGUCAUUGAAGAACUCACAAAUGAAAAUCCAUUUGACGUCAUGAGAAAUAUAUUCGAAAGUCAAGAUUCUGUCCUUCCAGAGAAGUACCAAUGGUUAGACAAGCCUUUCAGAGAGGUAUGCAAAGAGAUAAUCCAACCAAUUUUGGAUGCCAUUCUUCAAACUAACCCAGAACAGGUAGUUCUCUGUGGAGCUUUCAUUUCGAAUGGGUAUUUUAAGGAACUUGUUAAAAGUAUGCUAAACUUUGACAAAUUGCAACAAUACUAUGAUGGCAAUGACUUCAUUAGAAAGGACGAAUUCAAACCUCAACACUUUGAAAUUGUUGAAAUUGAAAACCCAGGAAGUGCCUUACUUGUUGGGGCUGCAAACAUGUUACAGAGCAAUGCACAGAAUAUUUCAUUUUCCAAUGGUUUACCUGCUAUUGUCAAUAUUCCAAUAGAUUUUGAAAGAAAAUUACUUCCUUUUCAAACAAAAAUUGCCUUCUUGUUUGAAGAUGAAUAUACCAAUCAAGUCAUGCUCAAAUUGACUAAGAAUGAUAAUUUCCUUUAUGUUAAACAAGAUGUUGAAAUUUUCAUUCUCAAAAUUAGAAAUACCAUUGAUAUGGAAAAAAAGAGAUUCAAAAUUCCAAGAAUUGGAAGAAUGGAAAGAAUUCCAAUAACUGAUGUUCUUGAAAUUUUCACCACAGAAGAAGAAGAGGAUACCACUUGGUACGGAACCAAAUAUGAUUUAAAUAUGGUUGUCACUGAUUCUCGUGUUCACAGAGUUGAUAAAAGUCAACUUUCAGAAUUGGAUGAAAACGAUUUCAAAAUAUUACUUUCUAAAGAAAAUGUAAUAACCAAAGAAGAUCGUACUGAAUAUAUUGAGAAUUAUGAGAGUAACAUUCCAGCUCAAGAGAAAGGCGAUGCGAACAAGUACUGUGAACAGGUCAACUUUAAAUGUAUCUGUUGUGGAAAGGCCAUUCAGAAUGGCGAUCAGAAACACAAAUUUACCAGUCGUACUGUUUACCGUUUUAGAGAAGCAUUUGGUGAUAACAAUAUUCAUCCUGGUUCUAGUUGUCAUGACUGUUUCAAAAUUCAAAGAAAUUAUUUCGACAGGAAAAGAGGUUCAAAGAAGAGAAAAUAA